AUGCCAAACAUAUACCAGCCUACAGAUGUGGUACUGGCCAAAGUUAAGGGCUUCCCAGCAUGGCCUGCAAUGGUUAUUCCAAAAGAGCUCAUACCUGAAAAUGUAUGGAAGAUCAGAUCACGUAUUUCAGUUGACAAGGCAGAAACUAAAGAAGAUCAAGAUAGUACUCCAGAUGAAGAGUUUGGCAGUGAUUAUGAUCCAAACGACUAUAUAAUAUAUUCUAAGGUUUUGAAAUUCAAAAAGAACAAGGAACAACCAUCGCUGUACUGCGUAAAAUUCAUGUGUGACGAUUCGUAUAUAUGGGUGAAACAAUCAGAUAUGCAACCUUUGUCAGUAGAGGAAUGCCAGGAAUGGCUCGCAAGCAAAACGAAGAAAAAUAAGAAACUUAUUCCGGCUUAUGAAAUGGCAAUGAAAGGCUCUUCAGGCAUUGAUGUGUGGGAAUUUGUUGAAUAUGGAUCAAUGGGUAAACCAGAUGAAGAUGAAUAUAUUGAAGAUGAUUUUGAAGAACCUGCAACUACUAGAAGAAGUCGAAGUAAAAAUGCCAAAAUCAAGCCAAUGAGAUCUUCAAGCAGGCAAAGGAAAAAAUUAGAGUCAAGUGUAGACGAAGAUGAUAUUGGUGAGGCUGGUAGAAGGACUAGGACCAGAGCCAAACAAACAAAUAGUAAAAGAGAUCAACUUCAUGCCUUAGAAGACAUAAUUGAAACACCGAACAAAAGAACAAGGAAAGAACAAAUUUCUAAAAAAGUACAAACUAAAAAGACAAAGGCCAUAAAACCUAAAAUUCCUGAAAAAGAAUAUUACAAAUAUGAAGAUGAUGACGACUGGUCAAUAGUUGGUCUGGGACCUCAAGAGACUGAAAUAGGGAAGUGUCUAAGCGCUGUUGUUAAAAAAAGCAUUUCCAAGAAAAGUGGUGAUAGACACUCCGAAAUGAAACUUGAUUUAGAGGAUAAGAUAUUGAGUAUAAAUAAAUUAUUGGAAGUUUCUCUCUACAAAAUGAUAAAAAACGACCAAAAUCAAGAUGAUUCUCUAAAAAAUGACCUAGAGCUUAUAGCCGAUGAAAUUGCUGUGGCCUUAAAUAUAAAGGGAAGCAUGACCGAAUUUUUAACCGUUUUUAACUCUAACAAUCAAUUAAUAAUGAAUUACAGAUUAUUAAUGAAUCUAGGAAAAAAAGAUUUAGAGAAAUGGAAUCUCUGGGAUGAUUUUCAGUCAUUUUUUCAAACUAUUUAUGAUUGUGCCUUCAUACCAGAUAGCCAUCAGUGGGAAGUACCUCUUGAAGAAGAUACUAACAAUGAAGUACAACCACCUAAUGAAGUAAAGGAAUCCAUUCAGGAGGAAAUUCUUGCGGAAUAA